AUGUCUUUGUUUAACGUACAAAAUCAUAAAACAAGUUUAGAUACUGCAAUACAAGCACUAGAUGAUUUACGUAUAUCUGUAGGAGACCUUUACAAUUAUUUGGGGAGAACGUGGCAAGAAAAAGAUGAAUCAGAUGACGAUUCCUCUGAAUCUAUUAGUUUAUCUGAAGAUUCUGCUGCUGCUGAACUGCCGCCCGUUAUACUUCAUAUUGACACCCUUCGAGUUAAAUUAGAGAAGACGUAUCUCGCAGAAAAGUCAUUUAGCAAUCAAGUCGAGAUUUGCAAAGAGAAUGUUGAGAAAAUUGUUGAGGCCAGAGGCGAAGAUAUGAAAUCUCUUCCAUUAUUAAAACUCCAUAAAGACCCACCUGAUUUGUCUCUUACAACAUACCGUCAAACAAUUGAACAGAAUGGUCGAGAUGCGUUGGAUGUUUUUCUCGACGAAUAUAACAAAUACUUCACACCUAUCAAAGAUCUCACUAUGCCGGACAGAAAAGCUUUGGAUAAAAGUCUGGACGAAAUAAUAAAAUCAUGGUUAUCGCAAGCUCCUCCAAAACCAAAAGUGCAGAUAGAACACAUCACGCCCGAAGCAAAACGAAACGUAUCCACUAUGGCAGUGACCGUGGAUGGAAUAUUCAAGGUAACAAUAAUAUUCAAGACAGGUAGGACUGGAAUACCAAUCUCGAUCAUACGGAUAUCCUUUACUGGAGCAAAUGAGCAGAAAUCAAUACGUGAAUCAUCCGAUCUGUUGGUAUAUCAAAAGAUUACUCAGAUUGCAAUAAAUAAGCUCAAUGAUUUGGAUACAGAUAAUCCAAUUCACGACCUAUUGUAUGAACUUAAUGAAUCCUCGCCUACCUACAAUACUACCUAUGGAGCUCCACCUACUGUUCUCCAGACGCGUUUGUUAUGGAGCAACGUAAUCUACGGAUUACUCUUCAUUUCUAUCGGACUGUUGGAGGUGUUCUACGGGUAUAAAUAUAUUCGAAUUACUUUGCUCGUUAUGGGAUUUCUUUUCUGGUCAAGCACGGCAACGGUAAUCAUAUUGAUGAUUGAUAAUGCCUAUAAGACUACACAUUCUGUUUUCUUUUAUUUCAUAGUGUGGUUGUCAGUCGGGACAAUUGGAGGAUUGUUAAGUUUCUUCUGUUGGCAUCUGGGACUGAUGUUAACUGCUGCAUACGGAGCUUUUGCGUUCUCAAUAUCUCUCUUGGCAGUAGGACAUAUACAAAUAGUUGCUAUCAGAUACACCAUUGUAGGGAUUUCAAUCACAAUUGCUUGCCUAAUAACUCACAUUUACUUGAAAGACGUGAUCAUUGUUUCCACUUCCAUCGGAGGUUCGUUCACUGUCCUUUACGGUAUCGACGAAUUUAUUCGAAUAGGCUUCCGUGAUUCGUUUCAGCUGUUUUUUACUGAUGGCGAAUGGAGAUUUACACCAAAUGCAGGAAUAUAUGUACUAAUAGCGUGUGGGUUCGUGUUGGCUGUUUGUGGAAUAAUAUAUGAAUAUAAGAGCCACCAGGUUGUCAUCCCGGAUAUAAAGUGGACUUGUGGAUGGGCAAAAGAUGUACAAAAUGAUGAAAAGUCGAACGGGCAGGAAGGACCAGAGAAACCAAACGAAGUGAACGAGUCAAUCUCAAAGAGCAUGAAGAGCAAUAAUGUUGAUAACGAAAGAGAUCUUGAAACCGGCAUCAGCGCUCCGUCCGUUCGAGAUGAGCGGGAACAUACAAUGACUAAUAAUAAUGAUGAUGGAUGGGUAAAGAGUGUAUUUGUAUGGUUACGCUUAGUGCGGACGUAA